UCCCGCUCCCUUGCUCCAGCGAUGGGCGAUGAUCGUAUCUUUUAUAGGGACUCUAAUCGUAUCUAGCGGGAGCAAAAAUAGUUCAAACAAUAACCACAAAUCAGCGCUGUCCGACGGAUGCCAAAUUGCAAUCUCUACUCUCACCCGCUCUCACGGCAAAAUAAAAUAAUAACAUUGACGUGAUUAGUCACGUGACAACCGGUGGUUGCUAUUUGUUUGAAAAUGGCGACCGAGAAGGAUUUAAUGAAUGCCGUGAGAGAUUCUUUGGAAGCAGAUGGACAACUUGGACGUAUUAAAGCAGAAAUGAGGACUGAAGUUAUGAAGCUGCUCGAAGGGGGUGGAAAACAUAAAAAAUCUAAUCGUCUUUCCCCACCGCAUGAUGUUCUUGUACUUAAUGAGCUGAUUAGGGAAUAUUUAGACUGGAUUGGAUAUAAAUAUACUUCGACGGUACUAAUCGCAGAGUGUGAGCUUUCUAAGCAACCAAUGGAACGAACUUUUCUAGCCCAAGAUUUGGGAGUUAAAGAAACCGAUAAGAGUAAAAGCCUGCCAUUACUCUUCAGCCUCAUCGAAACUUUCAAAAAUUUAAAGAAUAAUCAAAUAUAAUGAACUGCUUUCAUUUUGGAUGUAUGUAUUCAUACGCGUUUAUAGUAUGAGAACAAUUUUUUUUGAUUUAUACACAACUGAUUCCAGUAUUUUUUUAAUGAAUAAACUUCGGGGAGUUGUCAUUAAUAGCGAGAUGAUACAUCAAUUUAUUUGAAUGUUUUAUUAUAGAAUUUCAAACUACACAUUGAAAGUACAUUAGGAAACUAUAAUAUAACACAAUAUUAAAUUCUUGGAGUUACUGGAAUAUUAAGUUUUCAGGAUUUAUAUACCCUAAUUGUUACACUGUACAGCGUCUCAGAAUUAAAUUAAUUUUUAUCUUAACUAGUGCAAAAAUCGAAGCAAACAUUGAUCAUCGUUCAAAGAGAAUAGGGAAAUCAAUAAUAAAUAGUGACAAAUACUAUCACAUUAUGUCGGAGAUGUGUGACGUAAAGAGAGAGAUAGUAUGAAAAAACAAUAUUAAAUUUACUUAAUCAUCUAGAACAGUUUAUAUGAUGAUGAACCGAAUUGACUGAAUAAUAAUUUUCUGUAAUUGUUUAUUUUGUUGUUGUUGAUCACCCAAUUAAUUGAAUAUUCAUCGAACAGGUAUAAGUGUUUAGAAAUAAAGAUUAUACAUUUCCAGAAUUUCGUAAUAUUUCUUAGAUGUCAAAAAAUAAAUCAUGUAAGACAAUAAAAACAUUUUUUUAGUGUUUAUAAUUUCCGUUACAGUGCUUUAAUCAUCAAUUAUUGGCAUCAAACUUGUCCCCAAAAAUUACACCCAAAUUGUUCUAACGUCGUCAUUUAUGU